UUUGUUUAUUUGCGACUCUCAACUGAUUCUCUUGUAUUGUUUUCGUUUUUUUUGCUUCAUUCUCUAUUCUCUCGCUGUCUAGUAUUUGAUUGCAAAAUUGUUCUAUUUUGGCAUCUUGAUUCUCGUGAUUGAUACACAUUUUCAGUAGAAAAUUCUAUCGGUAAUUAAAACUUCCACGCCAAUGUCAUCGUUUCUUGCAUGGUCAUAGAAACAAAUCAUUUCAAUCAAUUUGACUUUUUUUUCUUCUCCACAAAGAAUUAGACGAUAAAAAAUUAGGAAAUAUGUCAAAUUCGACGGCAUUCAGCAAAGCGCGACAGCGUCGAAGGUUGGCUGCUAUCGCUUUCCUUUCGAACAUUUCCAUGGAUGGAACACAUCGUGACACCAAAUGGGGAGCACUGAUGAAUAAACGGCAUAAAGACAAUGAUACUAAAGAGAAUCAUGCAAUUGGAAAUGGAUCAGUUGGGACACCACUAUCAAAAGCGAUAUUCAGCGACAGUGACAAUUUUUCGGGCGACAUUCAACCAACUAGCGCUAGAACCAAAUCCAGAAAAUCUACAUUACGCUCAAUGGAACAAAGUCCAGAUCGAAUGUCGGAAAGUUCAGACUCAGACAGUUCGAAAAUGCGUGUUUUUCAAACACCCAUUCGUGAUCGAACAAUGACCGUCUGUGCAAAACCAACGCGUGAAUCGCCAUCGAUAACCAGUGAGGUGCGAACUCGUUUAUUUUCUGCAUCGAGUCGACCGAGUUUAACAGCAAAACGAGCAUUGGGUGUAGAUGAUAAAAAAUACAGUGAUCUCAGUAGCAAUGAAAGUCUUACACAUGUCGGAAGUGUUGGCCGAUUGGCACGUAGUGUUCAAAUUACCGAACAAAAGGGAGAUGUUAAAUACGUGUCAAGCUCAAAUCGUAAUCAUAAUUUCAAAGACGAUCGAAUCGUUUUAGUGACGAACAAAGUGCCAUUUUAUAUGUUCAGUAACAUACCAUUUUGUAAAAAUCAUAAGAAUAGCGCUAGAAUCGAAUUGCGAAAAGAUGGAGCCAGAAGGAGAAACACAUCUGGUCCGCGGCCAUUGUCAGCCAUCAACGAUAUUGCAUUUGAUGCUUUCGAUUUGUUGGGCAUUGAAAAGGGUGAAAAUGGUCAGGAGAAAUCAUAUGGCUAUCUGUUAAUACCAUCAAGACCACAACAAAAAGAAAAGAAAAAUCCGUUUGGCAUGCAAAUCGAACCGAACCUGGAGUUGACCGGUCCACAUGUCCUCAAAAAUUAUGGAAUGGCCAGGUACUAUCCAUUUGAAAAUUACACAAAUACUCGAAAUAUGAACGGCAGCAUGUCAGUCGGCAGUAAUGAAAAGCAAACAAGUGACGAUCAAAUUGACGCUGAUGGAAAAUUCAAUAUGUAUCAAUAUUCAGCUAAUUUGUUGGAUGACCCGGAAUUAAUAGCAGGCAAACAUCGAACUCUCCUAACAUUCACGUCGUAUGUGACAUCGGUGAUCGAUUACGUAAAGUCAUCGGACUUGAAAAAAGAAUUGAACGAUAAGUUUCGCGAACGCUUUCCUCAUAUACAGUUAACAUUGAGUAAAUUACGUAGUUUAAAACGUGAAAUGCGUCGCAUCAAUAAAAUGGACAAUCGCAUUGAUUUACUUACCGUAUCACAGGCUUAUGUUUACUUUGAAAAAUUAAUAUUGGCCAAUUUGAUAAACAAAGAGAAUCGAAAACUAUGUGCCGGCUCUUGUUUAUUAUUAAGCGCCAAAUUGAAUGACAUCAAGGGCGAUGCACUGAAAAGUUUAAUUGAGAAAAUCGAAAGCGUAUUUCGUUUGAAUCGUAAGGAGUUGCUUGCGUCUGAGUUUGCUGUGUUAGUUGCCCUUGAAUUCAGCUUACACGUACCAAUUAGCGAAAUAUUUCCUCAUUAUCAACGCCUUGUCUAUGAAUCAUAGAAUUCGGCCAUUUGCUGUGAAUUUACGCUGAAAACGAAGAAAAAAUUGAUGACAAAUUCAAAACGACUCAGUUCAUUUGAGAUAUUUUUGUACAUUGAUACUACAGUGUUAUUUGAUACAAAUACGGUUUACAAAAGCGACCGACAAACAAAUAACAAAAUUAACAUGAAAUUAUAUGUAGGCUAAAAAGCUCAAAUAUAAUUAUACUAAAAUCAUAUACAUGUUUUUACGAUGCAAAUAUAUUUAAUAUCAACAAAAAGGAGAUAAAAAAAAUUAAAAAAUAAAAAUA